AAAUCAAGAAACUGAUGCAGCAGUCGUUGCCUUUUACUCAUAAUUGAGCCACGUUUUUACUCGUGAGGCUGCAACAGCAAAAAGGAAACCCUCGAUAGAAGCUACUGGUCGUCAUCAUGAUGAUGAUGAAGUUUCUGAUUAAUGUUGUUUUACUUUAAUAUGAAUUUGUUCUUUUCAAAUCUCAAAUUUGAAACGGGAGUAUUGAUUUGAGAUCAAGGGGGAGGAAAGGGGUUAGGGUUUGUCAAUCGAGUUCAGAGAGAAGUGCUGGAGAUGACGGAGGUUAUGCUCCAUAUAUAUGAUGUGACGAAUAGUGGCUCGGAUAAUACUAACAACACUAUUGUUCAGAUCAACAAGAUCUUCAAAGACGGCAUCGGUCUCGGCGGCAUUUUCCACAGCGCCGUUCAGGUUUAUGGAGAAGACGAAUGGUCAUUUGGGUUCUGUGAGCAAGGAACUGGAGUUUUUAGUUGCCCUGCUAGAAAGAACCCAAUGUACACAUAUCGUGAAUGCAUUGUUCUUGGAAAAACAAACCUAUCCAAGUUUAAAGUCAACCAGAUCCUGAGAGAACUUAGCCGAGAGUGGCCUGGAAACUGUUAUGACUUGCUGUCAAAAAACUGCAAUCACUUCUGCAACGAGUUUUGUGAAAGACUCGGUGUCCCUAAACUUCCAGGUUGGGUGAACAGGUUUGCUAAUGCGGGUGACACAGCUGUAGAAAUAGCGGAAACCACAGCUGUUCGGUUCAGACAAGCUAAAACAGAGAUAGUGACAGCUAGCAAAGUGGCAUAUCGGUUUCUUGCUGGAAUCACUUCAAACAAUAAUAAUAACAGUAAUAUUGCUCUGGAUUCCCCUGGGAAUAGAAGCAACAACAGCCCUAGAUUUCAACAACCUUCCUGGUUUAAAAACCUUGUGGCUGCUGGAGCAAAACCAUCAACCAGUACUACAACUACACUUGAAAAUGAGAAACCACAACUGCUGCAAAAACAAGAGUCUCAGGUCUAGAAGGACAUUUCUUCCUUCUUGCUUUGUUUGUGUACUAGUUUUAUAGACAGGGUAAAUCCUAUCCUAUGUUUGUUCCAUUUAUCUGUGUUUUUUUUUUCCCAUUCAUGCACAAAAGGGACUCUAUUUCAUCGUUCUCUUUCUUUCCUUUUCUUUGAUAACUAGAACUCUUAGAUUCGUCGUUUGUGAAGUGCAUAUGUUAUAUAUACUUGAAUUGUGUUGUUGAAGGUUUAUAAUACGAUAUUUGUGCUUCGGUUAA